UACGCUGCUGUUACACACUUGGUUCCAUUUACAGAAUUACCGGACUUGCGUCCUCCCGUCCUCGGGAGUUCGCACUUCCGAGUUGAACUUGGAAAGUCCGAACUAUACCGAGGACGCAAAUCCGACUUUUGCACACGGUGUAUUGAGAAACGGCCACAGUUUCUGAAUUGAAACACAGUUGUCCCUUCAAAAACUUCAAUAACGGGAACGAUUUUUUAUGCAGAAAAGUGAUUGGACUUAUUUAACAGAAAGCCGCAUGCAUCUGGGUAGACAUGGCGGAUAUACGAAAACGUCUCUGUGUGAGUUCCACUGAGAAUGACCAAAAAUAUAAUAUUUCCCCAGAAGGCGGGACUGGCAGAUCUGCAUUAUUUGUUAAGUUAUUUGCUGCAGCUUUCUAUGGGCUCUCUUCUUUCCUUAUUGUUGUCGUUAACAAGAGCGUUCUCACUAAUUACAGAUUCCCGUCCUCUUUAGCAGUGGGAAUUGGACAAAUGUUUGCAACGGUUGUUGUGCUGCGAGGAGCAAAAUCAUUAAAUGUGGUAGAUUUCCCAGAUUUUGAUAGGCAUGUACCUCAUAAGGUGUGGCCACUCCCUUUAAUCUAUGUGGGAAAUCAGUUAACAGGUCUGUUUGGAACAAAACAACUAAAUCUGCCAAUGUUUACUGUGCUCAGAAGAUUCUCCAUUUUAUUCACAAUGCUGUUUGAGGUUUACCUCCUAAGAAAGGAGUUUUCAUGGUCCAUAAAGGCAACCAUAUUCACCAUGAUCCUGGGAGCUUUUAUUGCUGCAAGUACUGAUUUAGGUUUUGACCUCUACGGAUACGUGUUCAUUACACUUAACAACAUUCUGACUGCUGCUAAUGGGGUUUAUAUGAAACAAAAACUGGACUCCAAGGAGCUGGGAAAAUAUGGGCUGCUCUAUUACAAUGCUUUAUUCAUGAUUGUCCCCGCUAUGAUUUUAGCAUACUUAACUGGAGACAUUAAGAAAGCUUUGGAUUAUAAUGAUUGGGCUGACAUUUUAUUUGUGAUUCAGUUUGUGUUAUCAUGUGUCAUGGGGUUUAUACUCAUGUACUCAAUUAUGUUAUGCACCCAUUAUAACUCUGCUUUGACGACUACAAUUGUCGGUUGUAUCAAGAAUAUCUUAGUGACAUACAUUGGAAUGGUGUUUGGUGGAGAUUACAUCUUUACUUGGGUGAAUUUUAUUGGCCUCAACAUCAGCAUUGCUGGCAGUCUUGUGUACUCUUACAUUACUUUCACUAAGGAACAAAAAAGUAAGCUCAAUACAAAAAUUUGGAUUUUGUUACUCAAAUGCAUCUCAAAAACUCCAUGUCAUGGAUUCAUUUCCUAUAAUUUCCUUUCUUUUGUUUAAUAAGAUUAAGUUCAUUUUAGAUGAUGUGAAAUCUUGUGUCUUUUAACAGAAGAAUGUUAAAAGUAAGACGAUAAUACCUAUGGGAGACAAGAAGACAGUCAGCAAGGUGUGCACACAGUCUCAUUUCACAACACCUUGAGUGAACAGAGACCAGUAAUUUUCUCAGCAACCUUGGUUUUGUUGAGAUAUGAUAUGACAAGAUGUUGGAUAGAUGAGGAAUUAUUUCCUGUGCUAUGUUAUGAAAUCAGUAUGAUCCUUUUGUCUUUGUAAAUUGCAAAGCCCUCAACCGUAGUAGUUCAAGUCGGAUUGUUCAAUUUCUUUUUUCUUUUUUUUUUUUUUUUUUUGAGGUAUGAAUCAAAUUUUUUUUAACUAUUAUUAUCAUUGUGGUAAUUAACAUUAUGAUACAAUUUAUAAUACAAUGUGAUGCUGUUGAACAUGAAAUAAUAAUAAUAAAAAAAUACAAUAAAUAAAAAAUAUAAACCUUUGUAUAAAUUGAUUUUUACUCAUAUUUUUCACUAUUUCAUAAUUUUUUAUGUUUCUGUGUUAAGGAUCCUCAAAUGCAAACUGUGUUUUACUUCAGGAGAGCAAUCAUACAUUUGUGUUGUUUAAGUUAGUUUAAUUUAUUCUUCAUUGUUCAUAUAAUCAUUUAAUAAUUGUAUUACAUUUAAUCAUAUGAUAAUGAUUGUAACUUUUUAUAUUAUCAUUUAAUUGAUUAAUUAAUUGAUUAAUUUUAUUGUUGUUUUUUAUAUUUUUUUCUUUCAUUGCUGUCUAGUCCUGUGUCUUUGUGUUUCAAGGGAUGUUUGUCUCCAUGAAUAAGAGAUAAGACUGAAUGCUUAUUGAAAUUCAAGGUUUAUGGGAAGUUGUGAAGCAUUUUGGUAUAGCACUGGUUGUUGGAUUUGUAUUGGUCAGACGAAGUCUGAGCAUUGAAACACACAAGCAUAAUCAUUUUAAAAUUAUACAAUAAACUCUGCUCCUUUUUAUCAUCA